AUGCUCCCCACCACCAUCGCGCUCCUCGCCGUCGCGGCCACCACGGUCACCGCCCUCAACGUCACGGUCCCCUCGACAAUCUCCGCGGGCGUCGAGACGGAAAUCGCAAUCGGCUUCGACUUCUGGAAGCAGCCCUUCGUCUACGAGAAGACUGCGGCCUACGGCUUCUUCGAGGACACCACGGCCGUGUGCAGGAACCCCGUCGACGAGGAGGUCGGGUGCGGGCAUGAUGCGCUCUACACGCAUUACCAGCUGUUUCUCUGGACGGAUGAGUGGAUGUAUACAUGUUAUCUCAGCGGUUUAAUCCCCGUCGGAACGACAAACCCCAAGGUCACGAUCCCGAAAGACCUCGGUCCGUCCGAAAAGUACAAAAUCACGGCGAUGGAGUUCAACCAGACGCGACCCCAAACGAAUUUCUACGGCGUCGAGAGCUCGAACUCCUUCACGCUGGUUGACACGGACAUAUCGGAGUGGACGACGUGGGAGCACUACGGGGGCUGGCUGAAGCCGUGGUAUUCGCUGCCCUGCUCCUCGUACGCCUGCUACCGCACUUGCGGGCUCAAAUUCUCCGACGGCAAGGGCAACGCGAGGCAGGGCACCGCCGCGGGGCUGUUCAAUUGCCUCAACCAGUGCCCGGGCAUCCGCGCGGACUGGAACGAUUCGGACAACCAAUGGAGCUGGUAUAAGGCGUUCGACGGACACGAUUGGUCCGGGAAGUCGACGGCGGUCACGACCAGCACUGCGAGUGCCAUCACUUCGUCGGGCUGGGGUCAGCAGACGAUCGAUGUUCGGGAGACGACGUUGUUCGGCACGCCGACCGCGGGGCCGACGUAUGCCAUGCCGACGAGCGCGGGGAGGACGGCGGCGACUACUACGGCGGCUUCGAAGGGGAGGAGGAGGGCGGAGCCGGUCGGGGCGCGGAGCGGCGGAGGUGGAAUUCUCACGACGGUGGUUAUUUGCUUGGUGUUUUUCGGCGUGGGGACGUUGAUCGGGUGGAUUUGGCCGGAUGGGUUGAAAUCGUCGUGGUAG